AUUAGUCAUCCAAACAAAAUCUUUAGUUUUCAGCAUGUCGUCCAAGAGGAUCUUCAACAUAAUAGUUGUGACAUCAACGUUUUGGUUCUCCGUUACUGUAUUAGUGCUGAUGUUCAACAGUGAGGUAACACGCGAAUCACUAACAAUGCUCAACGCGCCUGUAGUUUUAGACAGUGAUAAACAUCACUACAUGAAAGGAGCUGGUGUAAAUCCUUUACGUCCUGUUGACCACCAAAAGCACAUUAAAUAUCCUUGGGAAAAGGAUUCUUCUGAAAAACCGGCGGCCAAAGAUGGCCUUUUGUCUAGCGCUGCCAAAGCAGUGAAUGUUUUGGCGGGGGUUCUUCCAAAAAACAGUGGUUCAAGAUCUCGAGAAGUUUACGACGCGAGCAUAGCAAAACGCACGAAUCCUGGUGGUCUCGGAGAAGGAGGCAAACCGGCUUACUUAAUGUCCGACGAGGACAAAAAACUUGCGGAACAACAUUUUGGCGACCAUUCAUUCAACUGGGUACUUAGCGACAAGAUUUCGUUGGACAGGACCUUAGAGGACGUGAGAGGAGACCGUUGUAAGGCCAAACAUAACACAUACCCAACCAAGCUGCCAACAACGACUGUCAUAAUCUGCUUCCACAAAGAACGAUUGUCUGUGCUGCUCCGCACCAUACACAGUGUUAUUAACAGGACGCCACCUGAUCUGCUCAGUGGAAUUAUUGUUGUUGAUGACUUCAGUGAGGAUGAGAGACUUGGUAAACCACUGGAUGACCAUGUUGCAACAAUGAGCAAAGUGACCGUGCUACGGAACGAUAAACGGGAGGGGCUUGUUCGCGCACGCUUGAAAGGUGCCCACGCGGCCAAAGGUGAAGUUCUCACGUUCCUUGAUUCGCACUGCGAGGCGACCCCAGGCUGGGCAGAGCCUCUUUUGGCGCGAAUUGCAGAUUUACGCUCCAAUGUUGUGUGCCCCGCUAUCGAAGUCCUGAAUGCCGACACAUUUGCGUACCAAGGCUCUGCAAACGCUGAUCAGAGAGGAGGAUUUGGCUGGGAUUUGUUCUUUAAAUGGAAAGGAAUUCCCCCGGAAGAACAGAAACUACGAAAAGAUAGUUCAGAUCCUAUCAGGACCCCCACGAUGGCAGGUGGAUUGUUCUCCAUCCACAGACAGUACUUCUUUGAUCUUGGGUCGUAUGAUGAGGAGAUGGACAUCUGGGGAGGAGAAAAUCUCGAGCUUUCCUUCAGGAUAUGGAUGUGUGGUGGUCGGCUGGAGAUCGUACCUUGUUCUCGCGUUGGUCACGUGUUCCGUAAGUACACCAGCCCGUACAAAUUCCCGGAUGGAGUGGAGAAGACUCUCAACAAGAACUUCAAUCGACUGGCAGAAGUCUGGAUGGACGAGUACAAGGAACUUUACUAUAACAAGAAGCCACAGGCGAGGAACAUGGAGUAUGGAGACAUCAGUAAGCGCCUGGAGUUGAGGAAGAGAUUAGGGUGCAAAAGCUUUAAGUGGUACAUAGAAAACGUGUACCCAGAUGUCCAGAUGCCCGAGUUAAAUCCGCCAGCCAGUGGCGAGGUUCGAAACCCGCCAAGUGGAUACUGUUUGGACUCGCUUGGAGCCAAACCCGAACACUCAGCUCGAAUGGGAGCUUAUGUUUGCCAUGGGCAGGGUGGAAAUCAGAUGCUGGUAAUGUCGUCAAAAGGCGAGAUAAUCUUUGAGGAAGAGAACUGUCUUGACGUGUCGAAGUCUUAUGCUGGGGCUCCUGUGGAGAUCUUGAAAUGUCACGGGAUGGGCGGCAAUCAGAAAUGGGAACACGACAAAAAAAGCGGAAUUAUCAAACACAUCAGUACGGGUCAAUGCUUAGAUCGUGGGUCCAGUGGAGAACAGUACGUAGUUAUGAAUCCUUGCGACGGACGCGAUUCACAGAGAUGGGUCUUCUCCAAGUACAAAGAUACAUAACACCACCUGAAUGUUCCCGCUUUGGAACAAGUUGAAUAUAUCAGUUAUCACAAGAGAUCAAGCUGAGAGACUCUAUUCCCUUUGUGGGCCGUGCUCCAUAGGUAAUCUCUGUUAAGUUAUUUUUAGACAACUCCCGUUUUUGCAGAUCCCGGAAGGAUCUACAAACAGUCAGUCUAGUGUCGCCAAUUUUGCUCUGGUGCAUAUCCCCUGCACAGUCUGUUUGUUCUUCACUAAAUCAUUCAAAGAAAACGCAGGGUACUUGUCAUGUUACACGCAAGAAACAUGCGAGGUACUUGUGAUAUUGUUACCAGGAACCUUGAGUCUAAAACUACUAUAAACGUUCUAUUAAGCUACGGGGGUGGGGGGAGGAUAUGAUGCCAGGCAUUUUCUCUCACCCAGAUUUAAUGACUUCCGUACAGAGCAUGUAUGUCUGGUCAAAACGCUACGAUAUUUUAAACGGAAAGCAGACUCCAAAAGACGUAUAUUUUCGUGCGCAAUGCCAAAACAAAUGACCAUAAAACUACUGUUUUAGAACUUGAGGGAGGGAGGAGACGGGAGCGUACAAGAAAAUUAUAAGCCAGGACGGGGGUUCUAAUAGAUGGGGGGGAAGGGGCUCAUAUGAAAGAGGGGCUUAUUCGAGAAGGGGGGGAGGAUUGUAGACAGAGAAAGUAAAAGGGGGGGGAUAGAGCUUUGUUGCAUAGAGAUUGAAUGUUAAUAAAUUGGGGGUUCAAUUCUUAGGGGGGGUUGAUAGAGAGGGAGGUUUGAUAGAUAGUAGUGCACAGUUGGGGGGGGAGGGCGUCUAAUAGAGAGAAGAGUUUAAAAGGAAGGGGGCUUGUUCAAUCCUUUAUAGUAACUUGAGAGGGAUUACGAUAUUUGCGAGUUAUACGCAAGGAAUUUAUAUUGCGCGCGCUUAGAGUAAAGAAAAUAUUAUAAACGUAUACAUUAGAAAUUUUUUCAGCUUUGCCAGUGAUAUAGUGUGUGAUACACUCAAGUGACCUGCUCAGUUCUUAGUAGGUUAUUACGAAGUAGUAGAACAUAGCAGUAUUGACCAUUUUUACAUUACAUUUUUCGAUAAAUCCAGAGUAGCUUUCGACAAAGAUUGACUGUAAAUGACGUUGCUGACUAAAACGAAUUUCUUGGAAUCCCUAAUCUAUAAUCAAUAGCUGUUAUCAGAUAGUAUGUUUUCACUACAGCUGUCAGAAAUUGAAUGUUUUGUUAAAGAGUUUGGUAAACAUUUGACUGCAAAGCUUUGCUACCGUGUGAUAGUAAUUUAGGGUAAACUGAUACCUCUAGGUAGAUUCUAAUCUUUCAAAGUCUUUGCAACUCCACUUUUGUUUUCCCUUUGUGUUUUUAAUUUGUUAACUGAACGUUGCUAUGGAGCGCUUUUCGAUUGAGUCAAGAAAAACCAAAGCCACCCUAGUCACCGUAGCCGAUCAGAACACAGGCUUGGGGACUGGUACAAAGCCAAUGCAAUCCCAGGUUUCUUUCGAUGCUCACUCGAAAAUUGCUCCAAUGCAUGUGAAAUCUGUUUUCAACAGUGUUUAUCUCCCCUGUAAGUUUAACUCAUUUAUUCUCGUUCACUAGUAAGCUGCAAAGCUAAUGAUUGUGUGGUGAAUGACGCCGCAACUUAACUUUGGCGAGAGUGUAAGAAAAUUUACCUUCUCCUACCGCGCGGGAAAAAGUAGCGAGUGCGUUAACAUGUCCCUAAGCUAGUUUCAUUUGAAUUAUGAUUGGCCGAGGCCAAAGUCUCUGAUUUAUCCAAUGCACCUGGUAAAAAAAAACCAAUUGAUUAUAUACAAAGUUAAACGUGGGUUGGUUUUUACACCACUGCAUCUGGCGAAAACCCGAUAUCAAAAUCUUAGACACCGUAAGGGUGUAUUCAAUUUCGAGUGUGAGGAAGUGCGAGAAGUGACUGUUUUCCACAAAAUACUCAGACAAAUUGAAUGGUUAUUUAAACUAUCCAUAUGUGCGUUCACGCACCAUUUUAUGAUAGUUGUAGGUUAAAUAGAAUGAAAUCUUCAACGUUUCGAUCACACUAUCCAGGAUCGAGAGCAGAUGCAGAAUUUACAAAAUUUGGUAGUUUACACUGUUUUUGCAAUUUAGAACCCUCCCUUGAAUCAUUAGCAUCUCAUCGUCCAUUUUCGUAAGUAGACGCGCAAAUUUGUGAUUGAUGCAGUUUUGGCAAUUUUAGUGGUAUUUUGAAAUUUCGAUCGUUUUGUUUCUGGCCCUCCUCGGAUCAUAUUUUUGUUUCCCAAUUGUUUUGAAAUGAUUUUCAUGUAAUUUUAUGCUACAUAUAUUUUUAUGAAGUAAUGAUAUGAAGUGAUUCACCUAAAUAAAGUCUUGAUUUUGGAUAAAAAA